AUGGUUGAUACUUUUACUAUUCUAGGUUGGAAGACCGCCAUAGAUUUAAAGCAAGUAACCCGCGGUAAUUGGAAACGGGCUUCAAACAUUUUGUCCAUUAGUGAAAUUUUUUGGUGCAGAAAAGUUGCGCCGGCCACCGGCGGCGUCAAGAAGCCGCACCGCUACCGGCCCGGCACGGUGGCCCUGCGCGAGAUCCGGCGCUACCAGAAGUCCACGGAGCUGCUGAUCCGCAAGCUGCCGUUCCAGCGCCUGGUGCGCGAGAUCGCGCAGGACUUCAAGACCGACCUGCGCUUCCAGAGCUCGGCCGUCAUGGCGCUGCAGGAGGCGUGCGAGGCCUACCUGGUGGGGCUCUUCGAGGACACCAACCUCUGCGCCAUCCACGCCAAGCGCGUCACCAUCAUGCCCAAGGACAUCCAGGUCCCCUACAGGUCACUGGAGAGCUUCCUUACAGGAUUGUCUUCCCCCUCCCGAAGGCUGUCAAGAGUCACACCCAUUUUUCCCAACAGUACCGAUGCUUGGAGGCCCUGCCCUCACAUUUAGGAUGAGCCUAAAAACGUCAGGGUUGUGGCCUCAAUGUAAUUUCUAUCCCUCCUUAAGGAAGUCAAAACACUUAAGGAAUGUUUACCAUAACUAUUGCCAUUGAAAUGUAAGGUGUUGCUAGUCACACAGGGUGGUCUGCCUGACAGAUUUAAAGGUAUGUGCGUGCGGAGUAAAGAAAAUACUAAAAAAUGGAGGAUUCUCGUAUGGUUUGACCAAGGACUGCUUAAGAAUGAAGGGUAGUGUGCUGUGGGCUCCUGACAAACCUUGGGCCCUGGGCCAAGGUGGCAGGAUUAGCUAAUGGAGGAAGGUCAGUUGAUGUGCAUUACAUCUUUUGUCGUUGUUGUAAUUAAACAAGGAAAAACCCUGCUAAAGGUUUUUGUUGCCCAGAGCACAGACUCUUGCCUCUGACUAUUCAAUGAACUCCUUUAACUGUCAUCUCAAAAAGAAAAAAAAAGUGAUCUUAGUUUUUUCUUGAAUGUCAUGGACAUCUUUGCCUUACUGUUGACGUUUAUGGAAACCCGCAGAAUAAUAUUUGAAGUGUAUAAAAUGCAAAAAUUGCAAAAAAAAAUGUAUCCCAUUACUCAUCUGUGUUUUUAAAAAUAAAUUUGAUAGGAGUGACAUAUGUGCUUAAUUAUUAACACAUGCAAUCUUGAUGAGCCUAAUAAUUGCCAUCAAUUAUUAGAUGAAUAAAUAAUGGUUCAAGAUAAUUUGGCAGUUAUGAGAAAUGAGAUAUCUGUGAAUUCCAUUGGGUGACAAAGUCACAGGUACUGAGGUUUGUGGCUUAAAUUCAUUGCAAAGGGAAAUACUGAAAUUCAGUCAGAGAUAAAUUAUAUUUUUCCCUAUCUCAGCUCAUGGUGUUCCUCCUCCUCCUCACCCCCCCCCCCAACCAUGCAUUGCCGAUUUUCAUCCUCAGAGGUAUUGUGUAUAUGAGCUCCAGGUUAAAAACCCUUGCUCUAUAGUUUGUGCCCAUUGAUUUGCAACCUAAUUAUAAUUUUUUCCCUGAAAGUGUCUCUUUCUACCUGGGAUUUCUUUAACACUUAAAGUCUAGUAAUAAGUCGUAUUAAUAUUCAUAUUCUUGUACUUAAAAUAUAACUUUUUUAAGGUAAAAUAUAACGUCUAAUCCUAGUAUAACUAUGACUUCUUGGAAUAAAAUAAAUGGUGACAACAAUAUCUAACAAUGAUAGGCACUCAAACGCACCCUCAUAGUAAAAUAUUUGACUUUUUGAUGGGCUUUUUAGAAGCUGUGUAACCCAAAUAAUUUUACUCAUUAUUCAAUUGUUCUGUCUUUAAAUAUGU